CAUUUUAGAUUAAACUUAAAUAGAAAAACAUACUCUAACGGCGAAUUUUUGCCGUUAUUUUGUUGUGAAAUCAGUGUUAUCGUUACGUAACCUAACAGUUCAAAGCUUUAACCUCAAAGUUCUGACGUUAUUUUGUUUACUAGUUUAUUUGCAUAACUAUGAUUAUACCCUAAUUCCCUAGUGCAUCAUUAUGGGGCGCAAUAUUUUAAAAAGUAGUAUCGAGAAUGCUUCGUUUAGCAUUAUUUUUCAAAUUUUGUUCAGGAUUAUUACAUUCGUUUUAAACGCAUUUAUUAUUAGACAUGUAGGGCAAACUGUAUUAGGUAUAAUGAACGUGCGAUUGCUAUUAUUGGAAAGUACAAUAUUGUUUCUUUCAAAGGAGCCUAAUAUUAAAGCAUGUUUAACUGACACAAAAUCACAUAAUUGGGCUCAAGUUAUUAACCAAAUUUGGUUAACGGUACCUUUUACAGCAGUUGUUGCUUUAUUUUUUGUAUACAUUUGGACGAAUAUACUUAGUAGUACAGACAGUAUCUACCAAACCCAGUAUUAUUUGGGUUGUUAUGCGAUAGCAAUUUCUUGUGUUAUUGAUCAAAUUUCCCAGUCUCUAGUUAUAGUGGCACAAAGUUAUUGCUUUGUACGAUUAAAGGUAGUCAUAGACACUGUUUACAUCAUAAUUCGUACAGUGAUUUUUGUGGUGUUGGUUUUAAGGUAUCCAAAUUCUCCGUUGAAUGCAUUUUCACUUGCUCAACUUUUCUCUUCAUUGGCAUUCACUCUACUUUAUUAUGGCUUUUUUUAUUGGUAUAUCAAAAAACUUAAUGUUUAUAAAAAAGAAAAUGGUAAAAAGGAAGUAACAAGUGAUGAUGAAGAAGAAGAUAUUAAGGAAAAGGAUAAUUGUUUGAUCAGCAAUUGUAAUAAUGAGAAUAAAGGAAAUCCAGAAAAUAAUAAGCUUGAAGCUAAAACUUUUUUGGAUGGCAAAUCUUUAAUUGAAGAAGAAAAUCUUAUAGAUUCCCGUAUAAAGAAAGAUUUACCUAAAAGUGCUUUGUUUAAUGACAUGCACGAUUUUCCUUUUACUUCUAUUUUGGACUUUUUUCCUGGUUUUAUGGAAAAUUGGGAAAAACCACUAAACCCAAGUUUGUGUAUAUUGGCAGUUAGUUUUUUUAAACAGUGUAUUGUCAAACAAAUCUUAACAGAAGGCGAAAGAUAUGUAAUGACCAUUUCUCCUGUUUUAACUUUUAGUCAACAGUCAAUGUAUGACAUUGUUAACAAUUUAGGAAGUUUGGCUGCAAGGUUUCUUUUCCGUCCAAUAGAAGAAAGUGCUUAUUUCUAUUUUACUCAAAUGGUAAAACGAGAUGUAGCUAUUUCUGAACAGCAGAAGAAAAAUAUAAACGAAGCAACUACAGUAUUAAAUCAGUUAUGCAAAGUAGUAAUCAGUAUAGGACUAAUUGUUAUUGCAUUUGGGCAGUCGUACAGCUACACUUUACUGCAUUUGUAUGGCGGAAAAGCAUUAACAGAUAACGCAUUACCUACUACUUUACUUCGUUUUCAUUGUGUUUCGGUAUUACUGCUUGCUGUUAAUGGAGUUACAGAAUGUUACGUCUUUGCAACAAUGAAUAAUCAGCAGAUCGACAGGUAUAAUUAUAAAAUGGUUGUGUUUUCAGUGAUAUUUUUAAUUAUAUCCUACCUUUUUACCCUUAUAUUUGGCCCAGUUGGAUUUAUUUUGGCAAACUGUAUUAAUAUGGCAGCAAGAAUAGGUCACAGCAUAUAUUUUAUACAUCAGAAAUAUAAAGAUUCAGAAUACAGGCCACUCAUUGGAUUAAUUCCAGAUUUAUAUUUUGUGAUCUCUUUAAUUUUAGUAGGAAUACUGACAAAAGCAUCAGAGCUUUAUUUAUUACAAAAAUCCAUUCUGUUGCAUAUUACUAUUGGUGGAAUUUGUUUUAUCUUCGUGGCAUUUGUAUGGGCAUAUGAAAAUAAAGAUUUAGUUUCAAUUGGAAUGAACAAACUUGUUAGAAAAAAGCAUAAUAAAGUAGAAUAAACAAUUAGAACCGUAAGUUUGUAUACCAAAGAAAUUGUACAUAAAAUAUAUUUACUGUAAAUAAGUAUUACAUACAUAUAUUAAAUUUGAUAAAGUACACUAAUUGGUUCAUUUCCCUCAAGUUUAAGUGAUUCUCACGGUAAAGAUAAUUAGUAACUGAAUAUUAAAUUAUUAAGAGAAAUACCACACCCAUGUACAUAUAUUAGGGUGGUUCUUAACAGGGGUGUUUUCGAAUUUUUAUGCUCCCAGGGACUCAAACACUCCAAAUGGUUUAAAAAAAGUCCCUGAAAAUUUGAGCUUUUUAAUAUUAAUUCAUAAGAUAGUCUGUUUUCCCACCAAGAUUCCUUAUGAAAAUAACGUGAAAAUUUCUUUUGUUUUUGAGGUCAAACAUUAAUUCAUUUUAAAU